AUGGCUCCAGGCGCAAUUCAACCAGAGACUGCUGCCAGCAAUGGUACCACACUCAAGCCCACUGCGCGCUCUUUCCACCCUGCAGGCACCCCAGAUCCCUCAAAGUACCAUGCUUCAUCAACGUCCAAUGCAAUCAACGCAGAGUCCGAGUUCGCCGCGCACAACUACCACCCGUUGCCAAUCGUCUUCUCGCGUGCAAGUGGCACAAGCGUCUGGGAUCCAGAGGGCAAACACUACCUAGACUUCCUCUCAGCAUACUCCGCCGUGAACCAAGGCCAUUGCCACCCCGAGCUCAUCAAGGCGUUGACCGAGCAGGCAUCACGGCUGACCCUCAGUAGCCGCGCCUUCUACAACGAUGUCUUCCCACGUUUCGCCGAGUAUGCUACAAAGCUGUUUGGCUUUGACAUGAUCCUACCCAUGAACACUGGAGCCGAGGCGGUCGAGACUGCUGUCAAGGUAGCGCGCAAAUGGGGAUACAAGGUCAAGGGAAUACCUCAGAAUGAGGCACUGGUCUUCUCCGUCACCGAGAACUUCCACGGGCGAACAUUCGCUGCCAUCACCAUGUCGACCGACCCCGAGUCACGCGACAACUACGGCCCUUACCUGCCAGGCAUCGGAAGUGUCUGCCCAGUGACAAACAAGCCCAUUCGGUACAACAACAUCGACGACCUGCGCGAAGUACUCGAGACACAUGGAAAAAACACUGCCGCGUUCCUUGUCGAGCCUAUCCAGGGCGAGGCAGGUAUCGUAGUGCCCGAUGACAGCUAUCUACGUGAAGUCAGGGCGCUGUGUGACAAGCACAACGUUCUGCUUAUCUGCGACGAGAUCCAAACAGGUAUUGCGCGCACUGGAAAGAUGCUCUGCCAUGAGUGGAGCGGUAUCAAGCCUGAUCUAGUACUACUCGGAAAGGCUAUUUCCGGUGGCAUGUACCCCGUUUCAUGCGUGUUAGGCUCAAAAGAGGUAAUGCUGACCAUUGAGCCUGGCACACACGGCUCAACCUACGGGGGCAACCCUCUUGGCUCCGCCAUCGCCAUUCGCGCUCUUGAACUCAUCCAAGAAGAGAACAUGGUUGAGCGCGCGCAGACUCUGGGCGAGAAGUUCCGUCAAGGUCUCAAGGAUAUCAACAACCCCAUGAUCACCACUAUCCGUGGCAAGGGUUUACUGAACGCCAUCGUCAUCGACGAGACCAAAACGAAUGGUCACAGCGCGUGGGAUCUCUGCAUGCUCUGCAAAGAGAAGGGAUUGCUGGUAGGAAGAGCCCUCAAGAUUGCACAUAUGAAGAAGGUUGACGGUACUAACAUGGACGGACAGGCCAAACCCACUCACCAGAAUAUCAUCCGCCUCGCGCCUCCACUAGUUAUAACCGAGGAAGAGAUCGAGUCUGCAUUAAACAUCCUCAAGGAGGCAAUGCUGGAGCUCCCCAACUUGAAGGGAGAGAAGGAGGAGAAGAUUCUGCCACCAGGCGAGAAGAACGUGCACAUUGGGGUAGACAACUGA